AUGCUGGCUCGACCAAGACGAUCUCACACAGGCUUAGGCCUUCUGCUGGCUGCCGCAGUAUGUCUGCUCGGCGGAGAAUCGGCAUCUGGCGUCGGCUUCAGCGUGGUCCGCCCAGCAAAUCCAGCCCGUGAAACUCCACGCCUUCGCACUCGACAUGGUCGAAGGAGCUGCGCAGCUCCGAUGCAGGUGAUCAAGGCGGAAGGAAGCGGAAUCGGCAGUGUCCUUCGCGGCUUCCUGAGGCGUGCUCUGGCUGUCCUGAGCAUGCUGACUGCACUGACAUGGUGGGGCAGGUCCACUUCCAAGGUGCUGAAAGCUGCCCCGGUGGUGUCCUCUGAGUCCAACGACUGGGAACCUGAAAUCUCCGCACCAGUUGCAGUGCGCAGUGUUCAAGUCCCCGUUCAAGUCCAAGAGGCUCCUGUGCAGAAAGUCGCAGAGAUGAACCAAGUGGCCGAAGCGACGAAUGUCGACACGAUACCCGUGGCUCCAGUUGCGAGUGAAGAGGUGCUUACGGACCCCGUAGUACCAGGAAUGGCAAAGGCAAACUUGGUAGUGAAUGUGGAGACAGUUCCAGGAAAAGCACAGACUCCGCAUGCAGAUGCCAAGAUGCAACAAUCGGACCAACAAGUGCUCGAAAACCUGUGCGGCGACGGCUGGAGCUGCUCGCCAAUCGACGCAGAGAAGGGCUUGUUCGAAAUCACAUUGCCAGCGGUGAGAUACGAGCUCCCGAUGGGCGUGGUGUCAAUUCCUGCACCCCUCUUCCAUGCUCAGGCCCGCAGCUCACAAGUGGAGUCUGACGACUACAGCGAGAGAUUGGUGGCAGACAUCGUGCUACAGAAUGGUGACAAGAUGCUUUGUGUUGAGCUUGGAUUUCCUUUCAACAGCAAAUUCACCAUCUCAGCCGCUGGCUGGGCACGUUGCCGUGUUGGACGAGAGCCCGGUUCGGUGAUUUGCAAGGCGCAAGUCGAGAUGGGCCUCCAGGUGCCAAAGGUCCCGGGAUUGACUUCGAUCUUGCAGUUCUUCGUGAAGUCCUAUGCCAACAAAUCCGCUCACGAUUGCGCCGUAAGCCUGUCAAAGCCACCUGGUCUUUGA